UGUAUGUUUGAGAGCGACGGGAAUGGGAGGGCGGGUGACGGUGUGAAGGAUGGGUGGGGAGGAUGGAGGACGAGGGCAUGGGCCUAAGGAAAAUUGAGAGCGAGUGCCGAGUGGACUCUUUGUUGAAUGGAAAGGCGAUGGGGGAGUUGGGAAGUGGAGAGAGUCCCGUCGAGGCAUGCUGGAAAGACGUGGCGUUGGGUGUCGAUUGCUUGCUCUUUGACUCGUGUUCUGGGUUUGUGCGAUCAUUUGUGAGUUUGUGAUCGAGCUGCGACUGCGCUUGAGUUGAUCUAGAGCGAUCAUCAGCCUGCAAUUUGCAGCAUCUUGGAAGGCAGCGUCUUAGGUAAUGUGAUCGCCUGUGCAGCGGGCAUUGCUGCUGCUGGGACGUGCUGGUGUUUCUUUGACGAGGUUAAGCGCUCGAGUUCCUGCACGUAAUCGCUCGCACGACGAAAUUGCGCUUUUGUCCACCUUCGUCCUGAGCCGAAGCCAGAAACCUUUGGGGAUCAUAUUUGCUGGCUCUGCUGCACUGAAUGGCGAUCGCAGUAGCCGAGGUGCAGGUGCUGUUGUAAUAUAAAUUCCAGGUGGGGCUGAACAGCUCAGCGUGAGUGAAUGUAGUGGGCAGAACUUGGGAAAAAUGUUCGCUGUAUUUGUGGAGGGAUCGAAGGACUCGGAUUCCGAAGGUACCGAUCGCCGGCCGCCACUUCAAGGGCCAGAUAUAAAGGCGAUGGAGAAAAUUUUGAAGCCAGCCUUGAAGCCAGCACUUCGGAAGCUGGUGCAUGAGGAUGAUUCAGAGGGCUUGGAGGAGGCUCUGGAAGCAGAACGAAGUGCCAAUCCCAAACCCCCUGCGAAGAAGAACAAGAAAAAGAGUGCGGCAACUGGAAGUAAGGAAGAUGAUGAGUUCUCUGUACUUGGAAGAAGGAUUUUGCACUUUGCCUGUGCUUUAGACGCUGUGGAGUGCUGUAAGUUGCUGAUAACAUCUCAAAGUUUUCCUCGAGUCUGGGUAGAUGCCGUGGAUGAAGUGGACCAGCGUUCUGCUCUGCAUGUAGCCUCACAAAACCAUUCUCGGAGAUGUAUAGAGGUUCUCCUGAAGCAGGGUGCGAAUGUAUCUUUAAAGAACAAGCAGCAGUCAGUCCCCUUAGAGGAAGCACUUCUUAGCACUAAGUUGCAAGUGGACUGGGAUUUUCUCACUCCGGCCGCGCAGAUCGUGGAGAAAGUGAGGGAGAAGGAUUUGGUCGCUUUACGAGCUUUAGAAACGAAGUGCAAGGAUCAGCUGAUACAUGUAGCCUUCAAGCUAGCGAAAGGGUUGAAGCUGGUUCCUUUGGUUGCGCUCUUAAUUGUUGCCAGGGGCUCCUACGUGGUUAAUUCUGUAGCAAAGAAGGUAGAGGGCGAAGAGGAUUCGGUGGGCACGCUUGUGGAUCUUUUGCUAGGAAAAGCCUUAGCCUAUUCAUCGGUUUGCCCGUUAGAUAAGUCUGCUUCUAAAUGUAAGAAAAGUUUCUCGGAUGGGUUAGGAGAGGUAUGGUCUGGAGAGACUGGUCGCCUCCUAAGGAAAGGAUCAUGCGAAGCAGAUGGGAGUGCAGUGGACACCAAGUAUAGGAGAAAUUCAGGUGAUUGGGAGACCCCUGUGGAGACCAAACAUAGAUACGAUUUGGAAGAAGGCUGCUCGGAGAUUAAACAUAGAAAGGAUUUGAGUGAAUGGGAAGAGAUUACUUCGAAGUACAGGAGCAACGGCACUGAAGGGGAAAGUAGUGGUUCUGACAGCAAAUUUAGAAGAACGAGCUCUGGUGGUGAUAUGGAUAAACCAGCAGGGAAACACGUAGAGGACAAGUGCUCAGCGGGUGGCGAAGAUCUAGAGACGAAUUGUAAAAUUGCGAGGAAGCUUUUAGAGUGCGUGCUGCUCUUUGGGCCAAGGUUGUCGGCACAUCCGCAGAGCCCUUCUCUGCCGCCUUUGCUUAGAGCAGCUCAAGCGAAUGAUGAAGUUCUUCUGUCACUCCUUUUGGAAGCCGGAGCACCUAUCAACGAAACUGACUCAGAUGGGAACACAGCCUUACAUUGGGCCCUUCGGCAAGCAACACCUGUUAAUAAACGAAGUGUGAACAGCAAGCUUGUCAAGAGACUUCUGGAUGCCAGUGCCAACGUGUUGAUGGGGAAUAAACUUGGGGCUACCCCAGUCCACACAGCUGCAGGUCAUGGCCACUUUGAAGCUUUGUCUCUUAUUCUUGAGAAGGAGGCAGGCGGCGUGAACGUUAUGGCAGCUACCAAGGAGACCCCUUUACAUUAUUCUGUAAAAAAUAAUCACCUGCUUUGCACUGCGAUUCUCCUUACUCAUGGUGCCAACAGGAACGUGAGUAGCUUGAGAAGUCAAAAGCCAUUUCAGCUGGCUCCUUCACCUGAGAUGAGAGCUCUACUUAGUCUGGACGAGGCCACCCUUAGAGAGCAGUCAUGGGAAACGUUGUAUCAAACUCUUGCGAUUGCAGCGCAGCAACAAGUCCCGCCGAUGUGUACAGACGGUGCAGGUCCGAUUUUGCCACUUUCAUUCUCCCAGGCCGCAGCCCAGCCACCUCCGAUGUCACAGAUGCGGUCCCAGUUUCAUUGUCCACCAGUCAUGCCACAUUCUUCUGGGGUACAUCCUAUAUCCUUUUCGCAGUCACUUUCUAUGCCGUCUCUGCACGAGUUAUACGGUCAGGCCCCUUCUCAAGCCAAAUCUUCACAACACUACCAACUGCAACCGGCUUUGAGGCAUCAUAUGUCAUUGCCCUCACCACACGAGUCUAAUCCGGCGUGGAAUUCAAGCUGGUUAGCACUGCAGAAAGCUGCCCAGAAGCAAGUCUUGAAUGGAACUGAGUUAAGUCAAGUUGGUGAUGGAGACUUAAUUAAUGGCAAGUCGAAUGUAAAUUUGCCAGCCUACAAAACCGUGCUUUGUCGUUUUUUUGGUACCAGUGAUGGCUGUGGCUGGGGUAACAAGUGUCAUUUUGCACAUUCGGAAGAGGAACUUAUGGCUGGACAGCAGAAGUUGAAAACUGCUGGCGAGAAAAUCGAGGGACUGGCGUCAAAAGGAGUGCAGCUUUUGCCAGAUGCCGGCGACCAGGGUGUGAAAAAUUUCAAGACCAAGCUUUGUAUGCAUCAUGAGAAGAUGGGUACAUGCCCUCAUGGAGGCAAGUGUAAAUUUGCACACGGCGAAGGAGAAUUGAGACCUCUGUCUGCGUCAUCUAGCAUGAUACCAACUAUGAGAGUAGGUCCAAGACCCUCGACGUCCUCGUCUCUCGCGUCAAGUGGGAGUGAGGAUGACGACACGAGUGUGAGGAAGGUUUUUGUUGGAGGACUCCCACACUUCAUUCAUUCUGAUGAGUUGUGGGAGUUUUUUGAACAAGAAUUUGGUAAAGUUGUAGAUGCGGUAGUCAUUUGUGGGAACGACGAAGAAGGAAAGCCUAGGUCGAGGGGUUUCGGCUUCGUUCUCUUUGCUGAGCAGAAGGAUGCAGAUGAGGCGGUGAGGAAACAUUACUUUCCAUUCAGGGGUAAGAAGGUGGAAGUGAAACGAGCACAGGCGCGAUUGGAUUCUCCGUCCGGAGACGAGGCAGGGAAGAUGACGUCCUGCUUUUCAUCAGGCAUCUCAUCUCCUGCUGCUCCUCAGUCUCCUGCUUUGCCUUCCACCAUGCCAGGUGUAAAUCUGUUCAAUGAUGGCAUGCAGCUGCCUUCUUCAACUGGAGUUAGUGCCCAGCCGAUUUGGUCUCUCCCUUCUCUGUCCGUCGAUACUUCACAAGAAGGUGUACAGACCUCUCCUUUGUUCUCCCAAAAUAGAGGUCAGCUUUUGUCACAGAAUUCCAUGCCUUACUUAUCUGAACAUAAUAGGCACCCUCACCUUCUAAACGGAGGACAAUCCUUGUCCCAGAAUAGUGGCAUAGUUCCAUCUCAGGAUAGUGGUCAAUUCUAUCAAAAUAACCUGCCGUAUCCUUCUGGCAGAGAAAUUCAUCACAGUGUCAAUCAACCAAUUGCUCGAAGCUCUAGGUCACAGCUGGAGACCAGUCCCAUGGUCCCAAAAUCAUACAGUGAUCCUUCUCCUCUAUUAGCCUACUCAUCGUCUCCAGUCAAAACCAGUGUACCACCUGCCUUAUCCAGUUACUCCAAUGGUAGUGUCAGUCAUAAUAGCACCUCUCAUCAUCCCUUUAGCUACUACGUUGAUGACAACUCUCAGUCUUACUUUAGUGCAACCCCGCCAACACCCUCGCAGUCUUCCGACACUAACCAAGGAGCUGAGGAUGAAGAAUUUUCUCAGCUUCUUGAAUUAUUGAAAGCUCCUUCCACCUCUAGUCAUUCUUCAUCACAAGUCCGUGUACCAGCAUCAGUUUCUAGCAUUAGUUCGCCAAUUACUAAUAGAGGAGGGCAUCAGGUUUUUCCUGCCCAAAAUGGGGGCAAAGAAGCCUCAAGCAUGUACAGUCGGGAAUCUUUUUUACACUUGCCAUAUACUGGAGCGUCUCAGGCGAUGAACAACUACUCCGGAGCAACAUCAACACAACUUCCAGAAGGAUUCAGGGAGUUUCCACAAUCUUCGGCUAAGUAUAAAGAGGUGGGCCAAGCCUCAAAUGGUGUUGGAUAUACUAGUAACCUACCAAGUACACACGGUUACAGUUCGCACCCCCCUGUCGGAUCCAAAGUUGGAUCCGACAGUUCCAGCGAUUUGGCGUCAUACAGAGGUGUCAUGGGAGCUGUGGGCGGGGCCCCAUCAAAUGUCAUGAGUGUGUUGCUCCCUGGGUUCAGCAACUCACAACAGGGCUCACAUUUGUACGACUCCAGCCACGCCAGCACGUUUGAAUUGUCAAGAUGAUUUUUCGCAGUAGCUUCUCAGGCGCUAUUGUGCUUGGGUGCUGGAGCCAUUCAUGCGCUGGCUAAAGCUGGACAUGUAGGAUAAAUCGGUGACCAAGAGUUAAUGAAAUGGUGUAGAUGGUUUUGAUGUUUGCUAAGUGCUCAAAAGGCACUGACAACUUUGUUUCUGGACACGUGCUGGCGUAUUUCAGAAUCUGUAGAAUUAGUGGUUGGCUCAAGCCCUUUAUACAAAGAAUAAUGAGGUUCACCCUUUUGGGAAGAGCUAAUUCCUGACAAGUCUCUCUUCGUACAUAUGUGGGUUCGUCACUCAUAUUCUUAUAAUCCGUUAUGGUGAACCUUUUGGAUUGCUAGUU